AAAAUAUAAUGGAAGAGAUCGGAGCUACAUCGCAUACCAUACCAUUUUAUCCAAAUGCGUGCCGUGAUUGUCGAGCUUACGGUAAAAAUAUCGAAUUGAUAAGAUGUCCAAAUUGCCAAACGAUUGCUUAUUGCAGUCUGGAACAUAGAAAAAAUGAUUGGCCAUGGCAUAAGAGAUUGUGUCGCGCUUUGAGCUAUAUUUUACAAAAUACUGGUACUCUAUACGGGCCAUGUCAAAGCGUAGAUAGAAAUGCAGGGUACUUGUGGUACAAAGCAAAAGAAAAGUUGAUGGACUCAGUACGGCUCAAAUUAGGUCGUGAACUUACUAUGGUCGAGGGGGAAAUUUUACAUAAUCCAAGAUGUUGCCAGAUUUGUUACGAAACAAAUCCUUCAAAAUUGCAAGACUGUAAUGAUUGUCCAUAUGCCAGUUUCUGCAACAGGCAUCCAAAAACCAUAAACUCUCGGCUGAUUGCAAAAAAUUUGCACUCUUUCAUGGAGCGCUUCAUGUUAGAGUCUACAUAGGAAAUACUUUCCAAACGAGAAAUUUGGACAGGAGUUUUCCAAAAACUAUGGCUCAAGCAGUUCGUCUUUAUGAACAAUCUUACCAAGAUGAUUACAAGGAUUCAAUGCCAAGAAGAAUAUGGGCAGCUGCCCUUUCCAACAGGGCAUCAAGAGCUUACACAUUUUUGUUUGCAUUGAAAAAAUUACAAGGUCCAAAGUUGAAAAAAAUGACGAUCCAUGUAAUUGGGUCAAAUAUAGUUGAAAUGGACAGUGCUUAUUACUGGCGACAUCUACUUCACCUUAUUGAAGAUCUGCAAGAGCUUAACAUCGUUUUUGUUGGCCCUGAACUUGAGAUUGCUUCGAAAAAAGUAUCUUGCUGCAACCAUUGCAACAUUCAAAAUCGCUGGCUCAGUGUUUUAACUGUCGGUGACUUGUAUGUGGACUUUGCUGCUCGAAAAGGUUUCUCGAAACCUGAUUACGUCAUUGGAUUCAAUUUGGAGCUUUACGAUUUUCGGGAAGACGACACUUGGACUUCCAGUUUCAGAGUUUUAGUCAAACUGGGUUGUUCUUUUAUUGUAACUGCAUUAUCUGCAACUACCACAAUGUCCGAUCAAGCCGCCAUUCAAUUAAUUCUGAAAAAAAAAAUCGAUUGUACUUGGUCUGGAAAAAAUCCUUUUGCUGCAAAAAUUCCUGUCCCUCGACCAACUCGGAAGGGACCCUACAACUUUGGUUAUUCGAAUGAGUAUUUAACAAUCUAUAAAAAACUGUCAUAGAAUUCUUUUUCUCAUAUUCCAUUGCUCGGGUGUUUACUUUGUUAAUUGACAUUAAUGGACUUUUAUUCCAAAUUUUCAUUCUUAUUUUCAAUGGGUUCUGAAAUUGAUAAGCAGUUAUACAUAAAUGUAAAUGUCUUAAGAAUUUACAGUGAUGAAAUGCAAUAAUUUUACUUUUUUUUAAUUUUUCUUCAUGAAGACCUUUUUUUAAAACUCUUCGAAUGAAUUUGGAAAUAAAAUGACUCCACUUCCGAAGAUGUCAGAAUUGAUACACGAAAAAAUAUUCAGGUGAUUUCCACGUUAAGAGAUAUCGAUGGUAUCGAAAUUGAUUUUUUUUUUAUUUUUAACCCUGAAUGGAAAAAACUCAAAUCUUACGAUGUUAUACGAUUCGCACUGCUAAAUUUUGAAAUUUUUUAA